CACCAGCUCAGCAUUGUCAUUUUACCGCCUGCUGCUCCUUCCAGGGAAUAACGUGUGAACAGUCUGAACAGUUUUCCUCAGAGACGUCUGCUGAAGAAACAGUUUUAUACUGAGCUUGUUGCAGAAAUGCCUCAGCUGUCUGUGCUGCUGCCUCUGACAGGCCUUUUCUUCCUGCUCUCCUCAGUACUUGGCUCAGAAGUUAGUGUGCCCUAUCCAGUGACCUGUACAACACGUGGAGCAGACCUGACCCAGGACACCGUGGUGGUUUUAUGUCCACCACAGUGCACACAGUGGAGGAUGUCUGUGUUUGGGACAGGAGUCUAUGCUGCUGUCUCAUCCAUCUGUGGAGCUGCGGUCCACAGAGGUAUCCUGGGCCCAGCUGGGGGCCCUGUUAGGGUUCAUAGGCUGCAGGGACGGCACAACUACAUCAGCUCGUAUGCCCACGGUAUACACUCACAGGCCCUGUCUCACUGGACCGCCUCCUUCAGCCUCACCAAGCCCAUUAAUGUUCCACAGGAGCUGAUCAGCGAGACCAGCACCACAGCUCUUCCUGCAGCUGCGCGACCAGUAAAGAAACUGCUGAAGAAGCCAUCAGUGAAAAAAGCCCUGGCAGGUGGGAAUAAAGAUUGUCAGAUGGACAUUGCGAUGGUGAUUGACAGCAGCAGCAAUAUUGGGCAGCGGAGGUUUAACCUGCAGAAGAACUUUAUUGCCAAACUGGCGGCUAUGCUAAGAGUCGGACCAAUAGGACCUCACAUUGGGUUAAUACAGGCCAGUGACUCUCCCAGGACAGAGUUCCUACUGACUAACUACACUCAACCUAAAGAGCUGUUGUUUGCUAUUAAGGAGCUGGCCUACCUAGGAGGAGACUCCAAUACAGGUAAAGCCAUCAUGCAUACAGCAGAGACCUUUUUCUCUCAGGAGAAUGGGGGGAGAAGGGGUCACCCCCGGGUGAUGAUGGUGUUAAUUGAUGGCUGGCCAUCUGAUGACCUGGACCAGGCGGCCAUGUUGGCCAGAGAGAGUGGGAUCAAUGUCUUUCUGGUGUCUGUGGCCAAACCAGCGCCUGAGGAGCUCAGCAUGGUUCGAGACAAAGACUUCAUGAAGAAGGCUGUGUGUAAAGAUAACGGUUUCUUCAGUUAUCCAAUCCCCAGCUGGUUCAGCACCACCAAACACAUCAGACCUCUCAUUCAGAGACUCUGUUCACUAGACGGCCUGCUCUGUAGUAAAACCUGUUACAAUUCUGUGAACAUCGGCUUUCUCAUCGAUGGUUCAUCUAGCGUUGGGGAUGGAAAUUUCCAACUUGUCCUGGAAUUCCUAGCAGGAAUUGCAAGAAGCUUUGAAAUCUCAGAUGUGGGAGCUCACAUUGGUGCAGUGCAGUUCACCUAUGAACAGAGGUUAGAGUUUGGCCUGUCUGACUACUCAAACAAGGACGAUGCCAUCAAUGCUCUGAGAAGGAUCUCCUACAUGAGUGGAGGAACAUCGACCGGUUCAGCCAUAAGCUACACCACUCAGAACCUGUUCAGACGAACAGGACCGGGUCGCAAUUUUCUCAUAGUGGUGACAGAUGGCCAAUCAUACGAUGACGUCAGAGGCCCAGCAAUGGCUGCACAUAAGCAAGGCAUUACCAUCUUCUCAGUGGGCGUGGCGUGGGCGCCCCUGGAUGAUCUCAAAGCGAUGUCAUCAGAGCCAAAGGACAGCCACACUUUCUUCACCAGAGAGUUCAGCGGCCUUUCUGAGUUUAUCCCACCAGUGGUCCGAGGCAUUUGCAGAGACUUCACUGAGAAUAACUGAGAACACACACAAGGGUUUGCAUUUCUUUAUUUGUGAGGACCCUUACCUUCGUCGUCGUCAUUCAUCCUCAUUAGAAAGUACUGAUUAAAGUCACAUGAACGACCAUUACAUUCACAUAAACACUCUCAGAACAACACCCGUAUCUACAGUGACAAAAGUUUCUACAGCAACAUCUUUUAUAUAUCUUAUUUCUAAUAUUCUUUUACACUGUGUACUCAGACAUGUAAAGAAACAGAUAUGUUUAAGGACAAUGGAUUUUCCUACAAUUUCCUACACAAAGUGUCCAACACUUGUUUUUUUUGUGUGACUACAACCACUUAUUUAAAUUUAUAAUCUCUAUUAAAUCAAUUAUGUUACCUGAUCUGAUUUGCUCCAACCGACACUUAACAGCAUACUUUAACUGAUAUUGUUUGCAUGAAAACCCCACCACCUAUUUACUACAAGAUAUAGCUCUCUAUGACAUUCACAGUUCUUCAUAAACAGUAGUAACAGUAACAGUAGUUCUAAUUGGCUCAUUUAAUAAUCUAAAAUUGAAAUGCGCCUUUGUAGCUUACCGAUCUCAAAUCAUAUUCUCUAAAAUAAAUCAUGAACAUCCUCCUAGCACAUUAUAACAGUGCAAUGAUUCAAAGUUUCACGAGCUAAAUAAUGACUCAAUGCCUUAAAAAUACACUUCUUAUAAAACUUGCCAUUAGCUAAACCCGUCAUAAAUUCAAUAACAUAUAUACAUCUGUAUAUAUACUGUACACAUUUAUUUUCAAAUACAGAAAACACAUUAAUGUACAUAAAGGUCUCUUACACAUUAAAAUAUUAUUUCUAUUUAAUUUUUUCAACAAGCUGUUGGAAAAUCAUUCAAAAAUCAACUAAUUAAUAACAAUAAUUAGUUGUCUGUGAAAAUAUCAGUAACUCCUCACAAUGACAAGUCCAAUCUGAAGCCAUAACCAUUACAGUGUGUAGCUAUAAAUUAAAUUAAAUUUUAAAAAAGCUAUAUGAAGGCAGAAAACAACAUGAAAGAAAAUUGCUAAACAAUAAUCUUUGAUCAGGUAUGGUUGUUUAAGAAAAAUGCUAGCUUUGUGCUAUAAAAGUUUUAAAAAUAGGUUUUAGCCAUGGAGGGUAUACCUAAUAUAUUCAUAAUCUAUGGAAUACAUUAAAUGAGGCAUUAUAAUACAUUUUGAGCCCAAAAUACAAUCCCCAUUGUUAACUAAUAUUUACAUGAAUAUUAGUUAUAAGUGGCCUUAUAAUUCUGAGUAAAAAAAAUACUUUUCAAAGGUUACUUUGUAAAUAUGUUUUUUUAUAUAUAUAUAUAUCACGGGUAAUCCACUAACAGUAGUUUGUACAUUCAUGUUUAUAUCACAAAGCUGCUAAGAGAUUAUUCUGGAAUAUUUUCUAACAGCUAACAGUUUGUAGACGGAGCAGCUCUCCUGAUGAAUGUUUGUCUUGAAAAGCUUGCCAGGGGUGAAAGCUUUGCACAGCAGUCAUUUCCUGCAGGAAGGUGUAUAAAAUCCUCUAGUUUGUUUUUUUUUUCUUUUUCUUUUCUUUGUCUGAUUUGUGGCAUCCGAUGAUUUAAACUUUUUAUAUAGACUAACCCAUGCCCUUAACUCCAUCUCACAGCCUUGCUCCAAUAUGAUCACAUGACUUUUCUUUUGGUAUAUGUUUUACCGGUGAUUGUUUGUUAAAUUCUGCUAAACAGAAAUAAAGUCUUUGGUCAUCUCCUA